UAGCCUACUACGGAGUACGGAGUAUAUUCCUCUCGUUUUAUCCGUCUCCAUUUCGCCCAUUUCCACUCCCUCACUCUAAAACUCGCUGCAGCAGCAACAGUGAAAACCCACCAAAACCAUAUUCGUAUCUUCAAGCUUCAUCCAUUAAUGGCGGCUUCUCUCGCAACUCAAGCAAAUGUUACUUCCAUCUCCGGCAAAAGAGGCUUAGUUCCGGUGAAUUCCUCCGUGAGUUCUUCCGUCACUCGGAGUUCGCUCAAACUUCCGAUAAGUCCUCUGUCGUCGUCUAACUCCUUAAGUCAUGUGUCCCUCACGUGCUCUUCUCCCCCUUCUCUUCGCCGGAAACCUAGCUUUCUUGCCUCUGUUCGAGCUUCUGCUGAGGAGACUCCGUUGCAAUCAAAAGUGACCAAUAAAGUGUAUUUCGAUAUAAGCAUUGGGAAUCCAGUUGGAAAGCUAGUUGGUCGGGUUGUGAUUGGUCUUUUCGGUGAUGAUGUGCCUCAAACUGCUGAGAAUUUCAGAGCUCUUUGCACAGGAGAGAAGGGCUUUGGUUACAAGGGUUCCGCAUUUCACCGUGUUAUCAAGGACUUCAUGAUUCAGGGUGGAGAUUUUGACAAGGGAAAUGGAACUGGAGGUAAGAGCAUCUAUGGACGGACAUUUAAGGAUGAGAACUUCAACUUGACUCACACUGGACCUGGAACUGUUAGCAUGGCAAAUGCAGGGCCCAAUACCAAUGGCAGCCAAUUUUUUAUUUGCACUGUCAAGACACCAUGGCUAGAUAACAGGCAUGUAGUUUUUGGACAAGUUCUGGAAGGCAUGGAUAUAGUUAAGCUCAUCGAGUCAUCGGAGACAGACAGAGGUGACCGUCCAAAGAAGAGAGUCGUCAUCAGUGAAUGCGGCGAGCUUCCAGCAGUAUGAUGCAUAACUUUGCGGUGUCUGAACAGUGUUGCAGGCUUUAGUUUUGGCCCCUUCCUGUUGACUUGUUUAACAUUGAGAGGCAUUUUCCUUUACAUGAUUAGCCUAUUUGUGGGAGUCUCUUGCCUCCUAAUUUUUCUGGUAUAGAGAAAUCCAGCAGUUCUGAACUGCACCCAGGUUGAAGAUCUAAUAAUUUUUGUCAUAUUUCAUAGAGAGAUCCAUUUGGUGGACAAUCAUUAAGUAAUGAUGUCUAUAUUGCUGUUGUGAAAUGUUUACUUAAUGAGCUAUGAAUAAUACAGAUGACACUUUCACAAAUUAUUUCGUCUUCGAGAAGGCUAUUGAUGAAUGCAUAAUUAGUCAGGUAUAAACGUCAGUUGUUUUUACCAUUAAGGCUGCUGGUUGAGGA